GAGAGGGGUACAGGAUUACAAUAUAAAAGAAAAACGGGGGCCAGAAAGGUAGAAAACAAUCCAUUGAAGAUAUACAUUUAAAACUACGGCUUGUUUAGAGACUAUAUCAUUAAACUACACAAAUCAUCUGAGUUCAGGCUACCAGUUGAAAUAGGCCUGGUGGUAGGCCUAUUACGAUCCUUUAAAUAAUGGCGCGUUUGUACGUGAGAAGGAGAGUACUAAUAAUUUCCAGUCUGGUUAUCAUUCUCGUCAUAGUUUUAUUUCAACCCAGAAAAACAUCACAUGAAUAUCAAAAACAACCAAACAACAAUCAUAAAGAGACAAACACGGAUCUCAAACACAACUUAGUCAUGUUUACAACAUGGCGGCACCGUGCCAAAAAGGUUCACGCUCGUGAAGUAGUUCUACGAAACUGGCGCCACCUUUCACCCAAAAUACAACCAUUAAUUUUUACUAAAACUGGUGUAUUACGUGACAGAUGUUUGGCGGAAAACUGGUUAGUUUUGCCAGAGGAUGAAAUUAGAUGUUUGAAUAAAAUCCCUACAUUAAGGGGAAUGUUUAAUUCUGCAAUGUCCACUAUCAAUUCACAUUUGUAUGGAUUUAGCAAUGGUGAUCUGGUAUUUGCUAAAGAUUUUGUUAAGAGUAUUGAAGUCAUUUUGUCAGACGAGUCAUUGAAAAAUAAGCCAUUGUUGAUAUUGGCCAAACGGUUGAAUAUAGAAUAUAGGCCUUACAGAAACACUGCCUUCGCGUAUGACGAUAUUCCUAGGAUUGCUAAACAAGGCGAAUAUCCAAAAGAAGGCUCUUCGGACAUCUUCAUAACAAAUAAGCUUUUCCCGUGGAAACGGGCUCUCGAAUUAGUUAUUGGUCGAAUGGGGGUAGGCAUGUGGUUAUCUGCUUUUGCACGCGCAUUAAACGUCACUUUGAUAGACGUAACAAAUACAUCUACUGUGUUACAUCUGACGACUGAUGGAAAUCAGGAAUCCUUAAAAAAUAUCGAUAUGAACUGUAAUCACGACAUCAUAAAAGCGAAUAAUUUAACUUGUGACAAUUUUUCAGUGGGAUUUAUUGACUGUGCCGAUCACGCGACUAAUUAUAAACAAAAUGGAGAUAUUCGAAUAUUUAAGAAACAAUAUUUUAAAUCUUAUUGCUUUAAACCAGCGUUUUACAGAUUUGUCGAUAAAAUAAAAGCGAGAUUUUCAGUUGAAUUGUCAAACAAUUAUUAUGAAGCGGAUUUUUCAACUAAAGGGAGGUAACUCCAAUCUGAUGGAUGCAGACCACCAUUAAUAAUCCCAUUGACUUCAAUAUUAAUUCUGUUCUCCUUACCUAGCUCCAUUGUUUUCCCAAAUUUUCGUUGGGCUGAAAGUUUUUCACUACAGACAGAGAAACAAAUGGUCAUACCUUUGCUCCAGUUUUGUAUGAGGUUGACUGGUGAAAUUUUGAGAUACACAAACUUGAAGUAGUAUACUGUAAACAUAUAGCUAUCCGCCGUACUUAUCACCGUAACCAACCUCUUCACUCUGUUAUCCUUCCGCCUCUAAAUCAUGAUAAUUUACCAAAGUCUGAGAGAUAAUGUUAAUUAAAACCCUCUUCUUCUACUCUAGUCUGCAAAAUCAACAAAAGUUGCCAUGCAAAGGGAGGAAAAGGCGGGGAGAAAGUAUUGCUAUAAAUAGACGAACUAUAUACAUGUUUACCAUAAUAUGGUUGGAGACCACCAUUGAUCAAUCUCUGCAUUUCAUUAUUCAAGCUUUGGAGGCUUUAUAACCUUUUCGGAGAUCUUCUAUGGACUGGAAACUUCCUACAACAGAUGAAGAAACGAAUUGAUCCCGAAAUCUAACAAUGUUUGGAUCCUAUUGCUCGGUAUUUUGACAUUCUUCAAAGCCUCAGAGGUUAUUGAAAAUUUGUUGAGGUAUUCUACACAAUGACAUACUUGAAAUAAUACACCGUUUCAACUGCGAGGGUGAACGGUGGUGAACAAAUUUUCGCUUAAGAAUAGGAUGACAGCCACAGAAACCUUUAAGACAACCACGCGGACAAAACACACAAACUACCAACGUAUAUAUAAAAUCAAGUGAAUUGAUCCGGGGACUGCGUUUUACAGCCCAGGGCCUAUAAUGAUUGCUGACUUCACUGCCAAUAAUGGAAACAAUCUUCAAAAAUUGUAUCAUACCAGGUGUAAAUCAUGAUGGCUAUGUCUUACAAGAAAUGUAUCAUAGUAGUGUGAUUCAUGAUCGGCUGCGUCUUACAAAAAAUCUCAUUAGAUAAAGAUCUGUUUUCGAAAAAUGAAGUAAAAUGUCGAGUAAACGAUUCAUUGCUUUAGAGUUAUUAAAAGAGAUCAACGCGUGUGAAAAGAUGUAAAGUUAUUACCUAAAUACAAUGUUAGGGCAUAAGUCGAUAUUUCCAUAGAAUACAAAGUCUCAAAAGAAGCGAUGCGAUCGAUUGGCGGUGGUAGUCUGCUGGCAGUGACAAUCUGCCAAUCAUCAGUUAGUACAAUAAGGGCGAUAAUCCGAAUAGGAAAUCGUAAAUGUCAAUCUUGUUAUGUUGCAGGACGGAGGGACCAAGACGAAACAACGUACAGUCGUUAGAAUUGGACGAAACACCGAGGUCCCGUGUACAUAUUGGCGUGCACGUUAAAGAAUCCUUGACAGUUAGAAUUCGAAAUAAGAGUAGGCCGUAGCAAAAUUUCCCUAUGACGUAUGCCCGUCUUCGUUACCCCAGUCUACAUAGAACAGUAUGAUAUUAAAUCCCAUUUCAUGUCUUUUCAUUUCUUUUUAACAAGGUAAAGCAAUGCAUUUCAAAUAAAAAGACCUUCUUUUUCUGGAAGACGAAGUAGUUCUUUAUCGUUACAUGAUUGUUAAAAA